GCAUAAAAAACUGGGCCAAAUACGUAAUUUCCUCCCCUUUUCCUGUUUAUUUUUUUUACAGCAGCGAUACAUGUAGUUACUGUCGCAGCCUCAGACUGAAUGAAACACUUCAGCAACUCGGUCUGCGUUUCUUAAGGAAAGAGUGGAACAGGCUGCAACAUUUCCACACUGAAUUUCCCUCCAAAAUGGAACUAAAGCCACUAUAGCUGGUGGCAGAAAACCUGCCAGAAUGCUGCAUUAUUUUAGACAAACACUAAAGCCUCAGCCCAGUGCUUAAUACGGUCAGUUCUCCACUGCUGUUUACAGUGACCCAGCAGCUGAUGUCGCGGCUUCGAUCCACGCUCGACAGUGUUACCAAGGCAGUUGGCAGCACCGACCUCAUCUCCAAAUUCUCUCGUCUCAAGCCUGGUAAUGCUGCAGUUGACGGCACCCGUGCAGGAAAAGUUCUGGUCGAAGCCGAGACCGUAACCUCCAACAACACAGCUGCUGCCUCGCCGCCUGAAACCACGAUGAAAGAAGAAGAGGGUGAGAAAAGCACAGCAAAGGCUGAGUCAGAACAGCAAUGGCAACAAGCUACAGAGCAGCCUUUUAUCGCUACAACGAAGUCCGCAUCCGGUUUGGCUUCAUCAAACUCCUCCUCUGCUGUGGCGAAACAAACCAUGCAGCUGCUCCACCCAACAGCUCUGUCCACCAACAUGGAUGAGACCUACAAAACUCUGGCCAACCACAUCAAUAGUUACUUCGGCACCAGCGCACAAGGAGAAGAUGGAAAGAGCAGGAAGCACUCAGAAGAUGAUCAUCCUGCUUCUGAACAUGUUCCUCAUCUUGCUGCUCAGAGAACAGGGGACCACAUUCCCAUUUUGUCUCCAGUGUCUGAGGCGAAAAGUAUUGAAGCACCUACUACCUCGACGUCAGAAAAGCUCAGUCCGCCUGCAGAAGUCCCCUCUUCUGAAACCCCUGCCGCUGAAAGUACAGCUCAGUCCACCGCUGUACCGACUAGCUCCCCCAAAAAAGGCUUCACCCACUACCUGUCCUACCCUCGACCCAGCGUUCAGGCGUUUGUUGGCAGCUACAUCGCGCCUCUGGUCCCCAAAUUUAGAGGUGACGCCAAAAGAAUCGCAGCUGAAAAGGACAAAGUUUCUGCGGUGGCUGUGGAUGAAGCUUCUGUGGACAAGGCGGGGGAGAAGACAGAAAGUGAAGAGGAGAAUGCCGAGAAAGCAAAACAACAGCUGUUACUUCAGAGGGAAAAGAUAAUAGCCAGGGUGAGUGUAGACAACAGGACCAGAGCCCUGGUGAAAGGCCUGCAGAGGGUCACUGAUGUCAAACUCCUCACUACUCGAGUGGAGGAGCUCAGCUUUCACCUCCUCGAAUUCCCCGAGACACGAGGUGUGGCCAUCAAGGAGAGUGUGCUGCCCUGCCUGCUUCGAUUGCGCCAGGCCAGAGACCUUCCUCUUCAGGCUGCAGUGAGAGAAGCGUUGGCUGUGGUCGGCUACAAUGAACCAGUCAAAGGCAGAGGAAUAAGAGUCCUGGCCAUAGAUGGAGGAGGAACAAGGGGACUCCUGGCCCUGCAGACUCUCCAUAAACUGCAGGACUUGACUGGAAAACGAGUCCACCAGCUGUUUGACUACAUCUGUGGAGUCAGCACAGGGGCCAUCCUGGCGUUCAUGCUGGGGAUUUUUCAGAUCCCACUCGAGGAGUGCGAGGAGAUGUACAGGAAACUCGGCUCGGAUGUUUUCAAGCAGAAUGUCAUCGUUGGAACUGUGAAGAUGGGCUGGAGUCAUGCUUUCUAUGACAGCGAAAUCUGGGAAAAUAUUCUAAAAGAACGGAUGGGUGAGGGGCGUAUGAUUGAGAGUGCCAGGGACCCAUACUGCCCUAAAGUGUCAGCAGUGAGCACCAUUGUGAACAGAGGUUUGCCUCUGAAGGCCUAUGUGUUCAGAAACUACAGACUCAUGCCAGGAGUGAGAUCCCACUACCUUGGAGACUGCAAACACAAGAUGUGGCAGGCUAUCAGGGCCUCGUCUGCCGCCCCAGGCUACUUCCAGGAAUUUGUUCUGGGAAAAGACCUCCAUCAGGAUGGAGGACUGCUCAUCAACAACCCCACAGCUUUGGCCAUUCAUGAGUGCAAGUGUCUGUGGCCCAACACACCUCUGCAGUGUGUUUUGUCUCUGGGCACCGGACGCUAUGAGACAGCGGGCAAAAACAGCACAACCUACACCAGCUUAAAAACCAAACUCACCCACGUCAUCAGCAGCGCCACAGAUACCGAGGAGGUGCACACCAUGCUGGACGCACUCCUGCCCCCGGACACCUACUUCCGCUUCAACCCCUACAUGAGCGAGGACAUCCCGCUGAACGAGCACCGCGGGGAGAGGCUGAACUUCAUGAAAGGCGAGGGCGAGCGCUAUCUGGAGCGCAACGACGGCAAGCUGAAGAAGGCGGCCAGCGUGCUGGGCCAGGAGAAGAGCACCAUCCAGAGACUGGCCGAGUGGGCCAAACUCAAGGGCGACAUGUACGAGGGGCUCCCCUUCGUCUCCAAGCUGUAGUUGUAAGAAACACACAAGAGAAACAAAGAGUUUUUAAGGUAAGAAGACACAAAAGACUAAAUCAUGGAAGAAAUAAAAAAAAAAACAACAACUCCAAACUGGGCACAUUUUGAAGCAUCUCGCAUGGAGAGAAGUGUAAUGCUGUUUACAUGGUUUGAUUAUCAUCUACCUAACAUAAAAAGUGAUUAUUGAACAUAGAUUAUAAAUAUUGGUGUAAAAUAACACAUAUGGUGUAAUUUUUGCUGGAUGAAAUGUGUCUAUAAUGGAAAAAGAAUUUAAUAGAUUUUUUUUUAAAAAUGCUUCACUUGGCUGAUGAGAGAACAAAAAAGCAUACAUUUUAAAGUGGCUGCAAGUGUUGGUUGAUUGAUUUGGGAAAGCACAAAGACAGGAAUAUGAGGCUGUAUAGAGAAUGAGAAAUGAUGCCAACACGAUAGUUUAACUGUGGUUAUUUAAUUUUAAGAAAAUAACUGUUUUCAGUAACUUGAAUACAUUAAGAUGUACUUAAUACAUGAUUGCACAGUGAUAGGAAAAAUGUUACUGCCUGUUUGUAACAGUACAGAAGAAAAAGACCUCAAGCACUUUGUGAAAUAGAAUUCUUAGCCUCUCUGGUGGGGAGAAAAAAUGUAAAUAAUAUUUAAAAUAAUUUUAACAGUACUGACUGCUCUUGCGAGAAUUUAAGAGUAUGACUCAAGAAAAUACUAAAGAUUCACAAACAGCCUCUUUGAAGUCUAUUCUGAUACAUAAAAUAAAGUAUUAGAAUGUAAUUACUGUAAACCUCAUAGUACAGAGCAUGUCUGUUCUACUUAGAGUAAUGACUUGUGGCCCAUUAGUUAAUUUACAACUUUUAAGCUCGGUCAAGCCUGAAUUCCUCCAUUCUGCCAGUUGUUGUUGUUGUACACUUUCUGAAUCCAACACACUUUUUACAUUGUGAGAUCCUAAUUGCUUUGGUUCCUCCCUUCUUCAUUGGUAGUGAAAUGGAAAAAGAAUCAUCUAAAAUGUCAUAAAACAAUAAAAUUUUAUUGUUAAACCUU